AUGAGCGCCGCCGCCGCGCCGCCCGUCGACAAGAAGAAGAAGCCGUCGGCUCUGCGUUCCAUCAUCGCCGGUUCCAGCGCUGGUGCUGUCGAAAUCGCCAUCACCUAUCCCGCCGAAUUCGCAAAGACUCGCUCCCAGCUCAAUCGCCGUCUCGCUGAAGGCAAGAAGCUACCAUGGCCGCCGUUCGGUAGUCAGUGGUAUGCCGGCUGCACAACUCUCAUCAUCGGAAACUCCAUCAAGGCUGGCGUCCGCUUUGUCGCUUUCGAUGCAUACAAGAACAUGCUCUCAAAUCCAGACGGCACCAUCAGUGGUCCUGCCACUGUCAUCGCAGGCUUCGGUGCCGGUGUCACCGAAAGUCUGCUGGCCGUCACUCCCUUCGAGAGCAUCAAGACUCAAUUGAUCGACGACCGCAAGGCCGCUCAACCCAGGAUGAAUGGCUUUAUUCACGGCACCAAACUCAUUGCCCGCGAACAGGGCGUACGUGGUUUCUUCAAAGGCUUUGUUCCCACCACUGCAAGGCAGGCAGCAAACUCGGCUGUUAGAUUUAGUAGUUACACCAGCUUGAGGCAGCUGGCCCAAAGCUACGUUGCUCCAGGAGAGAAGCUUGGUGCCUUGAGCACCUUUGGUAUUGGCGGUGUGGCUGGCAUCAUUACAGUAUAUGUUACCAUGCCCUUGGACACUGUCAAGACAAGAAUGCAAUCUAUCGAAGCAAAGACCGAAUACAAGAACAGCUUCAACUGCGCGGCGCGCGUUGUCAGGGAGGAAGGCUUCCUCACACUCUGGUCUGGUGCUGUACCUCGACUUGGUCGUCUCAUCUUGAGCGGCGGCAUAGUCUUCACCAUGUAUGAAAAGACCAUGGACUUGCUCGACAGGCUUGAUCCCGACAAGAAAUAUCUAUGA